AUGGCAUCGACAACAGUGCUCCGAGAUGUCUCACCCAUACAAUUAGACCACUUGAUCGAACUCGCGUGCCGCAUUUGGGUCGAUGAUCCGGCUUUCUCGAUGCUGUUCACCAAGCGUCACGAUGGCAGAAUCGAGAACGUUCGUGUGAUAUGGCGACUCAUUCUCAAGUAUGAGAUGGCGAAGGCCGGUACCGUGAUAACUGUUGCUAGAGAUAUUUCCGAGACUGGAGAGGGCGGAUAUGUUGGCCUCGGCAUUUGGCAACGGCAUGGAAUUACCGAGAAUGCAAAGUCGUGGCAGGUCAAUAGCCUAGGAAAACGAUUCAUGAUGCUGCAGGUGGUCUUGGAAUACUGGCAUCGGCUUCUAGUCGGAUCUCUGCCUGCCAGAAAAGUCAGAGAGUUAAUGGGACAGCUGAACAAAGCCCAGAGCAUGUAUCCAACCGAGCGAUGGCGUCUUUGUUGGCUUGGCGUAUCUCCAAGCACCCGAGGUCGCGGUAUUGGGAGGGGAUUGAUUCAAUGGGGCCUGGACCGUAGCGAAGAGGAAGCUGUGCCUACGGUUCUCGAGGCUAGUAACGCCGGAGCUAUUCUGUAUAGAAAGUACGGCUUCAAGGAAAUUGGAAGACAGACUUUUGACGACGGCAAGCACACACAGCCCAUCAUGCUUAGAGAGGCAGUCGGGAUGAGUUCCUCGGCCUAG